GGGUCUAGGCCUAUAGGCCAGCAAUGGGGAAAGAUCUCGGGAUUCUACAGCUGUAGAUAUAUUUACAGGAGGACUCGAAGACGACAGAGACAUGUAACACUUUUCUUAAUUUCUACUGGAAUGCGAUACAAACAUUUUUUGUGUAAUUGGUGACUCACAGUGACGGCCAAUAUGGAAGAAUCAGAAACAAAAUGUGAAUCAAAUAUCGUUGAUAAAAUUCCUGCAGAGGAUCCGAGUGUCUACAAUAUUUAUCGUCGAAUUAAAUCUGAGUGGGACCAAUGGAAGCAUCCUUACAAUGGUGGAGGCCAAGACAUGUCUGCAACAGUGACGCGUCCGUUAGAUGUAGAUCCCAACGUCGCAGUAAAUCUGAUGCAUCAGGAUGUUUCAAACACCCCAGCCACGUGUGAUACUCCAAACAUUCCAGCAACACUGACACAACAGCUUGAUGGCGGUCGAAACAUCCAUUUGAAUUUGACUCAUCCUUUUGUCGGAAAUCCUGCAACCUUCCCUGCGAAUUUGACACAUCCGCAAGAUAGAAUUAAUCUAAAUAUCCAAACAAAAUUGACACAGAAUCAAUGUGAUAAACAAUCAAGCAUCCCUUCUGCAAACAUGCCACAUUGUCAUUUUGGAAAUUCAAAUGCGGCAGCAACAGAGAAUGGCUUCCCUUUAAACUGUAAUACUCCAGUUAAUACAGAUUUCCAGAGCUGUGCAAUCAAAGAGGAGGGCAUUGGUUCUGAGAGUGAUGGAUCAGAAAAUGUUCCAGAAACUGGAUUAGAGGAUGAGGUCCAGAGUAGUAGUGAAAGGACAGAUGAGACAAACACCAACCCAGACAGUAGCCAAUCUUCUGCCAAGCCUCACAAAUGUGAACUCUGCGAUAAACGUUAUCGUACAAAAGGAUUGCUAGCGACACAUUUCCGAGUACACACCGGGGAGAAGCCGUAUUCUUGUCCUCUGUGCCCCAGUAGGUUUACCACAAAAGGAAGUUUAAAAAAUCACAACCUGAGAGUACACAAGCUGAAGCUGUAUACGUGUGAGGUGUGUGGUAAGGGUUUCAACCUACCCGGAUCCUACCACGAACAUCUUUGUGCUCAUAAGGGAGAAAAGCCUUAUACGUGUGAAGUUUGUGGGAAGAAAUUCAGCCGAUUGAUUCAUAUUCAGACCCACAGCAGGACACACACAGGUGAACGGCCGCAUGAGUGUGAUAUUUGUGGUAAAAGAUUUAGUCACUCCUGCGACUUUACAAAGACACCAUCGUAUACAUACAGGGGAACGUCCAUACAAGUGUAAAUACUGCGAAAUGGAAUUCCGUGGCCAAGGUUCGCUGCGGAGUCAUACAAGGAUCCAUACGGGCGAGAAGCCAUAUGCCUGUAAAAUUUGCGGGAAAAGAUUCAGUCAAACUGGCCAUGUUCAGAACCAUCUACUGAC